CAACAUUGGAAAUCAAUAUAUAUUAAGCACCGUUCAUAAAAAUCUUGAUGUUUGGCCACCAGUUUUAAAAGAGGCCCACCAAGGGUGUAACUCUGUUGCUUGUCACUCGUUUUGUAGCAGUUUGUCCCUUUUGACCCAUAACACAAAUUGUCGCUUUUCCCCAGUCGAAAGCUGUCCUUUGUUGCUCUUUUUUAGAUAGUCUGUCGCCUCUUUUUAAGGAAUGUCGCCUGUCGGUCAUAAUCCCUUUGCAAGCCUCUCAAAAGCUGCCUACAUGUAUACGUUUCUCAUUUUACCAAUAUUUUUUGUUAUGUUGCCUUAGCAACAGUGCUUGACGCAUUAUAUGAGGAGAACACAAUAUGCCGACGGCACAGGAUCAAUCGGCAAAUUAAUACGAGAGUUUGCGAUAGUAUCAAGUGUUAAAAGUGCCUCACGCCUUAAUAAAAGUCAACUCACAACUUCCCUUGCCUUGCCUUGCCGGGCAAAAAGUAAGAAGUUUGAACCGGUACAAAGGUAAGUUAGAAAUUCUACAAAUUAUUUUAUCUUGGGUAAUUUGGUUUAAAUUGGGCUCCCGGAAGCAUUAUCCGUAAUAAUUCUCCAAGCCUUUGAAAUUACGAGAAAAUGCAAAAAAGUGUUAAAUACUUAACUAAGUUAGUUUUUAUUUCUAAAGCGCUAGCGUUUUAUCCAUUAUUUAACAAAUUACGGACAAGAAAUGUAAAAGAAUAUUAUAUAAAUUAGUGCGUUACUUGAGUCAGUAUAUAUGUAUGUGCAUAAUCAAAAAUUUUAAUCGCUUUAAAUUGCUUUAAAAUGAAAUAGACCCUCUGAAUUGCCCUAAAAUAUAAUGGCACAUUUUAACGUGAAGAUAUAAUAGUAUAUUUUGUGCUUUUGCUGCAAAAUUCUCAAUUCACGCAAUAUUUCUUUGAGUGAAUGGGCCAUAUUUAAUUUGUUUUUUGCCAUCUGCUGCAUAUGUAGUUGAAUAAACAUUUGAAAAUUGCUCAAAAGGAGACAUAAUUUUACUGCAGUGUUUGAGUCAAUAUUGAAAAGUACUCGGUAUUAAAUUGUUUUUAGAUUCCUAGUUUCGCCAAUUUUUUUCAUGGACUUUGUGAAAAACUUUAUCUAAAAAUUGAAAAAUUGACAAGGUUAUCUUUACUGGUGGCACAUAUGAAAAACUCUAAAUUAGUACGUUUAAUAAAGCAAGUUUAUAUACCAUUGCCGCCACUUAAAAUUUGAAGAGCCGACUGAGGUAAACUCUCAUUUCUCAACAAUAGGGCCAUUUAUACGGAACAAAAUAAGACGCGACUUACAUAAGACGCGACUUAAGUAAGACGCGAGUUUGUCGUAUAAAAGGUACAAAAUUCUUAUGUAAGACGCGUCUUGGAUAAGACGCGUCUUACAUAAGAACAGGUCUUUUAGCUGUUCUUAUUUAAGUCGCGUCUUAAAUAAGAAAUUUUGGACAAAAAGUCUAACUACACAUGCCAGAAACUUGAAACAACGUAAAAUUUAAUGCGAUCUAUAUUAAAACAAAAACAACCAAAACAACAUUAUAGCUAUAGCAAAUAAAUAAGACCAAAGCCGUAGAGAACCAUUUAUGCGAUAACUCCACUUAUUUAAGUCGCGUCUUAUGUAAGUCGCGACUUAUUUUGUCACGUAUAAAUGGACCUAUUAUUUAGUUGGCUCAGUUAUUUUUUGGCGAAUAUUUAAGUGCCAAACAAACUUUAUGUUGAAUUGUUUUCAGAUGAAAAGCAUUUUACUUGUUGUCCUUUUGCUGAUGUUUCAUUCAUCGCGAGGUCAAAAUUCGACAUACCCUGACUGGGGGCCAACGUAUAACCAAACGUAUAACCAAACGUAUAACCAAAACAAGACCCUAAAUAAGCCCACUCGCCAAAUGCCAUCGAUAACAACAAAUUCAACAGCGGGAAGAGUUAAUUCCACAGUGCUGUUCAACACAUCUUUGGCAACGAAUUUUCCAACUGCUACAGAUUUUUUCUCAACUAACUCCACAACUGUGGCGCAUAACAAUUUUACUGUAACAACUGACUUUAAUGGAACUAAAAGUUACUCUAUCUCCACAACGAAAUCAUCAUCCAGUGAAGUUAUCGAUUCUCCCGCUCAGAAAGAUUCGUCUUCCAGAGGUUCAGGGCCAGACCCUGGAGGUAAUGGAAAACCUACUGCUACCACGCCUGCGCUUAAAACAUCUUCCAGCCAAAUCAACACCACAUCUCAAACUGAAACUGUUGAUGGACAAGAAUCUUGGUCUAACACCUCUCACACACCCUCUCCAUCCCCAUACAGUGGUGAAUUAACCACCCACAAUACCUCUGGUUUCACCCCUUUCCCCAACAUUUCCAGCCAGAUCAACACUACAUCUCAAAUUGACGGACAAAAAUAUUGGUCUAACACCCCACCUACAACAGUCAACCCCCACAAACCCUCUUCCUCCCCAUACACUGGUGAAUCAACCACCUACAACGAUUCCUUUGGUGUUUCCUCUUCCCCCGAUAUUUCAUCUUCCGUGGGUAGUACCGCCUCCCUUCCUCCAGCUACAACCAAGAAGACUUCUACAAUGCCAAACCUAAGUUCGGUCACACGAAGCCAAACGAUGAUGACGUCCAGCUCCGUAGUCUCGCCCGGAGAAAAAUCGCCAGGAGAAAGAUCGCCAGGCUCACGGAACAAGGGAACAUCAAGGAAACAAGAAAACGGCAAUACAAAAAAACACACUGAAGAGAUGAAAACUUCGGGCAAAACCGUCAGCAUGCAUGGAAAAAUUUCAACAAAGGAAGAAACAGCAACCACACCGUCACCAACAACAAAAACAGCGACGACAGCAACAACAGCAGCGGCAGCAGCAACAACAACAGCAACAGCAUCAGCAACAUCAACAAACAUGAAAGACGAAACCAGUUCAACACCUUCCCUCAUGACAAAUUCCUCGCCAAAAAACACUCGUGUAACAAACCCGCCAUCAUCAUCAUCCCAAGAUAAAUUGUCCAGCGCAGCAAGUAAAAUCUCACAAAACUCAUUAAAAAUCCAAGCAAGUCUUUCCACUACAAUAAUCCCCAUGGCAACCACGUCGAAACAAAUGGCGGGGAACUCCGAGAUGACGUAUGUAAUGACGUCAUCCAUGAUUGCGUCAACAAUGACGACGUCACACCCGGUUGCGUCACACACGAUAACAUCAACGGUAAAGCCCGAUUCAACGAAGAUAAUGGCAACGAUGACGUCAUCCAAAUCGUCAUGGCAACCAACUAAAACCUCGACACCUGUGAUGACGUCAUCCGUCUCAUCAAGGAAGCCAUCAGAUACCACGGCAACAAAAAUGACGUCAUCUGGGAUGACAUCGCUUUCUGUGAUAACAUCACUUUCGAGUAAUAUGGUAAGAACGACUUCAGGCAAUGUCACUCUAUGGUCUUCGAAAACACAAGUCGUGGUCGGAUCCUCUCAUUGGAGUUCGCAAAUAACUCCCAAACCAUCAAAGACAGAAUCCAUGACCAGCAGCACCUCUGGUAAGUAGAAGACAGUUAGUUUUAUAAUCUUGAACUGUCUUUGCCAGUGUUGGUAGUGCCAAUAAUAACAAGCUCUCAUUGGUAGGGAUGCUUGCUUGCUUUAUUUGGCUUUAUAAGCAUGACCUUAUUGUAAGGCAUUGCUAAAGCUCUAACAGUAGGACAAUAUAAAUUUACAUAUAAGCAUAUAGAUGCUUUUUGAAAAUGCUGUGCUGAGUGGUUAUAUUAUAAAUGCUUUUUACAUUUGAAUAGUAACAUAUGCAACUACCUGAAAAAUAGAAGGAUAGGAACCGCGCGGGGGGUGGGAAAAUUACAUGAGCUUUUAUACUAAUCUAGUAUAAUACUAGUCUAUCUAUUCCGACGAAGGGCCUUCACUCGAAACCUCGAAAUUCUCCUUCUAUUUUUCAGGUUGUUGCAUCCCUACCAAUGAGAGCUUGUUAUUUUCAUAAUUUUGUAUUGCUCUAUCUAACACCAUAGGUUUUCUCCAGGUAUUCUGGUCUCCUGCUUUCGAAUUCAUAUAGGGCAAUAUUGUUCUCACAUACAGACGACAAACACUGCAGGCUGCCGACUGCUACCAUAGAUGUGUAUGUGAAGUAGAGUGUUGCACAUUAAACCUUACCCAAUUGCCCUCGCAUAUGGUAAACCUUCCUCGCGGGCGGUACCCGCAGCUUUUUUCUAACUCUGAUAUAUCAUAGUUAAUAGAAUAGAUGGUUUGGAAACUCAUUAGAAUAACAAUAUAGCUCAUUAUCUAUGUUAGUCAAUGUUUAUUCAUAAAUCUGGUCUUUCACCGUCACAUGUGUAUUGUAUUUUUGCCCAACUAACCAAUAGCAAUGUCUUUGGAAAGUUACCUAUCCGUGACUUGAACAAUAGGGUAAAAUGAUUGAAAAUUUGCUAUUGGUGGAUUUGGCAAGAACACAAUACACACGUGACGGUGAACGACCAUGUUUAUGAAUAAACGUUGACUAACAUAGAUAAUGAGUUAUAUUGUUAUUCUAAUGAGUUUCCAAACUAUCUAUUAACUAUGGGUAUAUGGCUGUUGCAUAUAAUGACAAGAGAUAUUUUUCAUUCUCCAGAGCCACCUGGAAACUGUACAUGUUCUGAGUGGAAAUAUCCUGAGAACUGUAAUAUGAUGUGUUGUGCUGGAGGUCAGAUUUUCAGGACACCUGCUGCAUGCAUGAUCGGCAGCAUGUCCGUAUCUUAUUCUCAUCAGUUGUGUAACGUGAAACCGCAAGGAAGAAGUUGUGGGAAUGUUACAGAAUGCGCUUGCAAGGGUAAGUAAAACACGCUGCUCUCACAACUAAAACUACAUAGAGCAACCUUUUGAAUUCAGAUAUAACACUAGGUACGAGUCUACGAGAUUGCCUGAGUUUUGUCAUAACAACGCCUUUAUUCUUUUUUUUACAGGUACUCAAUUGUCUUCAUUCUCAUAUCUUGCCACAACUAUGCUAGCCGUAGCAGUGUGGCUCUCGUAAAGACUAAGUCUCUAUAAGAACAAAAUUUCAGCAAUGUUAAUAAUGAAAAUUGUCAAUUUGUAGCGGUAAUUAUAUGUAGAUGUUAAAUGCAGACGCUUGUUCCAAAGAAUUUACAAACGAUCAAGCUUGUUCACGAUUUUUGCUUGCAAGUUUAUGUUUCCCUUAAAUACAAAGUUUACAAGCUGACCUGAAAAUGUUCAACACACUUCGAAGUUUCAACCGAACGCAAUUGAGGUUGUUUGGUUGUCCUUUCAAAAUAAAAACUCAAAGUGAGUUUUGACAUUCAGGGGCAAACUUCAAUUGAAUUAGCUGUAUUAGUAUUUACUGGAAUCAUGUACUAAUCUCCCAUCCGGGGGCCGGUUGUACAAAACUCUUAACUACAUUGUAACCAGUAUUUUGUAGUUAAAUUGUGGUUAACUCUAAAAUACAUGAUUUUGAUUGAUCGCACUAACUGUAGCCAAAGUCUGGUUGACACUAUCAAAGUUUCUGUGAUCACAGUAGGAAUUUUGACUUGGUAAAUUCUAAGUUUUGAAGGAUUUGUAAGAAAUAUUUGAGGGAACUGACUCAGUGUUUAACACUAAGUCAGUUUCCUCAAACAUUUCUUACAAAUCUUUCAAAACUUAGAAUUUACCCAUGCAAAAUUCCUACUGUGAUCACAGAAACUUUGAUACUGUGAACCAGGCUUAACUCCAACUACCUUUUUAUACAACCGCCCCCCGAUGAAGAAAACAUCUUCGUUUGCUCGAAACUUUAAAAUGCUUUUACCAUUUCCGGGUAGGUAAUAGUGGAAUUUAGGCCGCGUUUACACUAUUCUUGGGUUUCACUAAGGCAUUAUGCAGUGAAUCCGCUGACGAAGGGUCAGCCUCAAAUGUAUUGAUGCUUAUGCUGUACUGGAGUGAGAAAAUGAUACGAAAUUCCAUGUAUUUGCCACCAAACACAAGGCUAUACAUAAAACGAACAAUCGACUCACUCUGAUAACUGUGUUUUGUUUUAGAGUUGACCUCCCGUCACUUCUGUGACCUCAUAUGAAACCCAAGAAUACCGGAUAGCUUUUCGUAGUGGCGCGAAAAAGCACCUAUCCGAUACGGAAUGUACAACUUUUAGAAGCUGAGCGAAACAACAUCUCUCCGUUGCAAUAAUUAAUCUGAAAAUAACGUUCCUAAAAUUACGUAUAGGUGUUUUUUUUUACGUCGCUACGGAAUUGGCUAUCCGGUACGUACAACAGCUGUAAUUAGUCACCACAUUGUAAAUAGAUUGUAGAAUAGUUUUAGUAGUAUUGACAAUAAAUUGCGCUUCAUUGCUCUAACAUUGAGAGGUUUUGUUGUCCAUACAUGUCUUGGACUGUUUGUGAUAUGAGUUCAUUGAGUUGUAUGGUUAAAGAAUGUUGCUUGCCAUAACAGAUUUCCAGUAGUGACCGCGCUUGAGAUAACGAAGAAAUCCCAGCAUCUAACUUCUCCAAAUAUACCUGCAGCUUUCCUAU